AUGGAUGAAGUAUGUGUGGAUCUGACUGGGGACUCUGGGGAUGAGGACUUCAAUGUGAACUCUGAGCAGCAGCAGCAGCAGCAGCAGCAGCAGCAGCAGCAGCAAACAGAUGAAGAGGAGGAUGAGGAUGACUAUGAAGACGCAGAAGAAGAAGAGGAUGACUUUGAUGAGGCAGCAGCAGCAACAGACGAGGAAGCAGCAGCAGCAACAGAUGACGAGGAAGCAGCAGCAGCAGCAGCAGCAACAGAUGACGAGGAAGCAGCAGCAGCAGCAGCAGCAACAGAUGAGGACGACGCAGAAGCACCCGCAACAGAUGAUGAAGCAGCAGCAGCAGCAAGAACAACAGACGAUGAAGGCUCAGCAGCAGCAGCAGACGAUGAAUCAGCAGCAGCAGCAGCAACAGAUGAUGAAGCAGCAGCAGCAGCAGCAACAGAUGAUGAUGAAGCAGAUGAAGACGAAGAUGCUUCCGAUGAGUACGGAGACAGCGAAGAAGAGGAGCCAGCAGCAGCAGCAGCAGCAGCAGCAGCAGCAGCAGCAGCAGCAGCAGCAGGGGACAGUGAGAAGGAGGCGUCAGCUGGGGAGGGCUCAGGUGGAGAAGCAGCAGCAGAAGAGAGGCCCCUUAGGGGCAGCAGCAGAAAGCAGCAGCAGCAGCAGCAGCAGCAGCAGCAGCAGCAAAGGCGUCGCAGAGGCGCAGGAGCUGGGCGAGGGGCUGUCGAUACACCUGAAUCUGUUGAGGAUACACCUCAGAGCAGCAACAAAUGCCGCAGCAGCAGCAGCAGCGGCAGCAGCAGCAGCAGCAGCAGCAGCGACAGAAGCGACGAUGCUGCCUCUUCUCCUUCACUAGGGCUAGAGAUCUCGGCGAAGGAGCAGCAGCAGCAGCAGCAGCAGCAGCAGCAGCAGCAGCAGGGGCUGCUGCUGAGUGAGGAGAGCAGCAGCAACAAGGGGAGCGCAGAGUCAGAAACACCAGCAGCAGCAGCUGUUACUGCAGCGCAGCAGCAGCAGCAGCAGAACGAAAUGCUGCAGCAGCAGCAUGACGAGCUGAAGCAGCUGCUGCAGCAGCAGCAGCAAACUGAGGGCUUUUCAUUCCUCCCGGGUAUCGCCAGAGCCCAGGUGGCAGCAGCAGCAGCAGCAGCAUGGGGGCAGACAUGUAUCGCGAGAUACGAGAGAGCAUUAGAAGAGCAACAGCAGAGACACUGGAGAGCAACAGGAGGCGGCACGAGUUGCUGCUGA